UUGCACUGGCAAUACUUCAAAUCAAAGAUCGGGGUCAAAUAUUUUGCACUAAAAAUAAAGCAGUAACGUUUCCCGUGCCGUUUUUUGCUUUCGUUGCUGUUCGGAACAUGGAAUUUGCAAAAUUAUAGCAAAAAUGGCGUGUGAUAUAUGAAAGAUAGUCUUUUUAGUUUUUGAAGUCCGAAUUAGAUAAUUCAUAUUUAUUUAUCAGAAUAUUAGAAUGUUCAAGUUUUCCUGGUCUCUGUUAUUUAGUGGCAUAUUCACCGCCUAUGUAUUACACUCAAUUUAUUCCAUUGUCGGGAUUUACAUUCCACCAACAUGUGGGGACGGAAGUCAUUGUCUCAAAUCGUUCCUGGCGAACAAGCCCAAACUUCAACUUAUCCUAGGGACCACUCACAAGUCAGAGUUAAGGUCAUGGAAAGAACUCACCCUCGUGGACAGAUGGACACCCUUCGACUACACCAAAGACUUAAUUAUCAAAAACAUCACCAUUCCACUGCCGAGACAAACGAGAAAAAAUGGGACCCUUCAUAUUUAUGCGUUUGCUGCGCCCAUGCCACGUUCUGCGGAUGAAACUGAAUAUUGGGAUAAGAGUUUACAGAGCCCUACAACAAUCAUGGCAUAUUUCCAGUUGACCCAAUAUCUUGUCCCGGAAGCUGCAACUUUCAAUCUUCUCAAGGACUCUGAUACAAAGGACCAGAAAGCCAAAGAAACUCUACAACCAAAGAAAGGUCAAGAAAAACCGAUUGUUCACAUCGCCAAAAAACUAAGGCUGACAAUGCUGACCGAUCCGCUUGUUUUACCUUCGAGAGAUUUGCCGCAGGAUUUUUCUGGCUUGAUUCGACUAGUUUCAUCGGACACCUACCUACCUCCCAUGAGAUUCGACAGAUUUAACAGUAGGCUGAGAGAUUUCUAUAAAAUUAAUGACACGGAUACAUCUUACGAAAUGGAAUUUGAGUUUGCUCCAGCUUCUAUUGGCAGUAUCAGAAUGGCUGCACAAUUUCAAGCCGCCAUGGACGCUAUGAAUGUUAUUGGGUUCACAUCGAAAGACAUGGACGAGAUCAAGGGGGUUUUCGCAGACACAAAUGUGUAUCUUUUAGCACUUACACUGUUUGUAGCGUCUAUGCACCUGUUGUUUGACUUUUUGGCUUUCAAAAAUGACGUCAUUUACUGGAAGCAACGAAAAACAACUGCAGGAUUGUCGUUCCGAACCAUAAUCUGGAGAUGUUUUAGUCAAACAGUUGUUUUCCUCUACCUAUUGGAGGAAAAGUCGAGCAUGCUCGUUAUAUUACCUGCUGCAAUAGGAUCCGUCAUUGAGAUGUGGAAGGUGUCAAAAGCACUGAAGGUUACCAUCGAGUGGAAGAAGGGGAGCUUACCUCGUUUAUGUUUCGGCAAGUUUACAGAAUCCGAAAUGGCCACUGCAAAGCAUGACGUAGAGAGCAUGCAGUACCUUUCAUACAUCAUGUAUCCGCUAUGCCUGGGGGGCGCAGUCUACUCCUUGUUGUACACUCCUCACAAAAGCUGGUACUCGUGGACAAUCCAGAGCAUGGUGAAUGGGGUAUACGCUUUUGGAUUCCUGUUUAUGCUACCUCAAUUAUUUAUCAACUACCGGCUCAAGUCAGUGGCGCACUUACCCUGGCGUGCUUUCAUGUACAAGGCUUUUAAUACUUUCAUUGACGAUAUAUUUGCGUUCAUCAUAACAAUGCCGACCGCACAUCGGGUCGCUUGCUUCAGGGAUGAUAUAGUCUUUAUAAUCUACCUGUAUCAGAGAUGGCUGUAUCCAGUAGACAACACUCGAAUUGAUGCUGGAGGAAGUGUCGAAUAUGAGGCUGAGGAGUCGGAUAAGAAGACGAAGUAGUCCUGUUUUAAACCUGCGGACACAACAAACUUAAAUUUUACCCCGUGGCAAUUGUGUCUUGUGCUCUAUUGUUGAUGUUAUCUCGACACUUUUCUUAUCAUGAAUUAUCACGCUGCAGAGUAAAUGCAACCUUUGUCAAAAGUAAUCAUAAAUAAAUACGUACAUUUAAAAUA